UCUUUUGUUCUAUACAGUAGUUCUGAAGUUCGCCGACAAGUUGAGGAAAAUAUCAAAAAUAUUGCAGGAAAACUUAAAUUUUUACUGUAUAGCACAAAUUUAGACAAAAUUCUUGCAGCGCACACAGAGGACAAAUGUUUGAAAUAAAGGCAUAAAGGUGAAAGGAGGUGGAAAAUCUUGUGAGCCGUGUAAAAAACGCUCAUUUGCAUAGCUAGAUAUUGUUGACGACGUUUUGCGACACUGACGUUAGCGUUGUGACAGCAGUGUGAGCGACUGCAAAACCAGAUCAACGGCGAUAUCGGCGACGUUGACAGCACAUCAACGUUGUGCGUAAAACAAACAAAACCAUGGGGAUCAACGUCAGCAGACAAGCUAAUCUCUCCGAGAAUGAAUUAUUACAGCGUUUUGUUGGACGUACACAUAUUGCAGCAGACGUUGAGGAGUUUUGGAAUGCAAUACUAAACUAUCAUAUAACAAUACCGGAAGAUAGUCAAGAGCAGUUGAAUUUGGAUUCACGUUUGGAAACGCUAUGUCAAUCAUUCAUAAGUAACAAUUUGAAGACGGGAAAUUUGGGUUCAUUAAUAACUGUGUUUCUGCACAAAGCAUCUGAAUUGCUAUCGUUAUCCGACAAAGACAGCACGGUGCACAUAUGGCAAACAUUCAAUGCGCUCUUCAUAAUACGUUCGUUAAUUAAGUAUAUAAUUGAGACCGGUUCAGAGUUUCAGUUAUUACAACAUUUUGAAGCAAUACCAAGUGCUGAGCUGUUGCGUGCUGAGGAAGAAGCUGCUGCGACAGGUGCGCAUGGCGAAAAUACUACAAUUGCUGUAGAGGCUACUGAAGUGGAUCAUACUGCUAACUUGCUGAUUAGAGCAGCUGUGGUCGUGGAUGGUGCAAAAUUUGAAACCUUCAUUGAUGCGCUGGUCAAUUUGAUUGUGGUGAUUCCAGUCAAGGAAUUCACAUAUCACUUGCAUUUGGAGUCGGUGAAUACGUUCAUCACUUUGCUCUCCGUACACCUGUUCACCGAACAACCCACAGAGAAAUCAAUCAUUUUUAGAACUAUAUACAAAUGUCAGCAUGCAAAUGUGCUCGUAUCUGCGCUACUACACUUUGUGGCACGCAUGGUGGAGGUGCCACACACAAUGUUUGGUUCGUCGACGUCCGGCUCCUUUGUGUUUGGCAUCGCCGAGUCUCUCCUCUCCAUUUUCACAUUUCGCAAACAACAGGAUGUUUUGAAAGCCACAAGCGCUUCAGGUGCUGAGCUCUCACAACAAUUUCGUGAUCAUUAUCCACUCGCCAAUCAAAGUCUUCUGCUCAUACUCAUCAUGACGAAUCACUGCACCACUAAGGAUAAUCCGUAUCGUGUCAGCUUAUUUGGCUGUGCCGAUUCGAAAGACUCACCCAAAGAUGGCGCUUCCUUUCAGAUCGAUUUCAAUUCGGUUUACGAGACACUCUGCCGCAUUGUGACCAUCGAUCAGGCAACAUUGUUGCUUUAUCUCUUGCUACAUCGAAAUGAACGUUUCUAUCGUUUUGUAAUGGCACAAAAUGAUCUAGAGAAUUUGGUUAUACCCAUUUUGCAGACGCUCUACCAUGCGCCGGAUAGUACUUCGCAUCACAUCUACAUGUCGCUCAUCGUUUUGCUAAUGCUCAGCGAGGAUGAUGGCUUCAACAAGAAUGUGCAUAAUAUAAUGCUUAAAAAUAUCCAUUGGUACACCGAACGUACCAUUUCGGAAAUAUCACUUGGCGGCCUUCUCAUCUUGGUUGUCAUACGCACCAUACAGUACAAUAUGUUGAAAAUGCGCGAUAAAUAUUUGCACACCAAUUGUUUGGCUGCGCUAGCGAAUAUGUCGGCACAAUUUCGUGCAUUACACCCAUAUGUAGCGCAACGACUGAUAUCACUCUUCGAGACGCUAGCGCGCAAGCAUACACGACUCGAUGCACAGCUGAGGGAGCCCGUUAAUAAUGCGGUUUCCGUUAAUGUGACAACAACACCUGAAGAUAUGCUACAAGAUCUCGCCGUGCUGGAGGAGGUGCUGCGCAUGGUUUUGGAAAUUCUCAACUCGUGUCUCUCCAAUCAGUUGGUCUACUGUCCAAAUCUAGUAUAUACAUUGCUUUAUAAGCGCAAUGUGUUCGAAUGUUUUCGCAGUCAUCAUGCGUUUCAGGAUAUAAUACAAAACAUCGAUAUGGUUGUCGGCUUCUUUUCAUCACGUCUGCAGCGCGUGCAAGAGCAGCGUGGUGAAUUAGGUGUCAAUGAGGUGUUUGAGGUUAUAUCGAAGGGCGCUAGCCAGUGGUCUAGCGAUCGCUUGCGUAAAUUCCCCGAUUUGAAAUUCAAAUAUGUUGAAGAAGAUGCGCCUGAAGAGUUUUUCAUUCCAUACGUUUGGACCUUAGUGUGCAAAUACGGUUGCGUGCACUUUAGCUCGGAGAGUAUUAAAGGUGUGACCACAGAAAUACAAUGCUAAUACGAUACAUCGACGUUAGUUGAAUGGCACAUUUAGCAGCUACAACACAUACUACAACAACACACUGACUGUUGGAAGCGUACUUGCAGUGUUGAGUUGCAAUUGCUAGCAAUGCUAUGGCUGUUGCUGCUAGUUUGACGAGCAGAGCGCUGCUUCUAACAGCUGCGUCUAGUGUAAUUUAGCAUAAGACUAUUACAUAAAUAUUUUUUUUUUUUGUUUUUGUUUUAGCUACUUAAGUUCCCCACCACCAUCAUCACUGCAAAUAUACACACAGACACAUAUGUACAUAUAUACAUAUGUAAAUUUGGUAUGGCAAAAGCGUGGCAAACAAGCAAAAUACAUUCUGUUUAUGUAGAAAGGGAAUUACAGUUACUUUUAAGUAAUUAAAUAUUUAUACGUAAAUGUUGCUGUUUAUUUUUAUUGUGUUAAAGCUUUAAUCACAAUUUGCAAUUUCUCUCCUCUUUUAAUAUGUAUAUUCCUAAACAAAAUGAAAUGCAAUGAACUCUGCUGCAAUCUAGCCAAGAAUCUGCAAUUUCUAUUGUAUCUAUACGAAAAUUACUAUUUAUACAUGAAAGUAAGCUUCUUAGCGCGUUAUACACACUUUGGUGAAUUCAUUUGCGAACUCUUACGAAACUUUUAAAUUGAAGCUAAACCACUAACGGCAAAAUGUAAUUAAUCAAAAAUAGCAAAUUUUGAAGCGAAUGCAGUUAAGCAAAUUUUGUGUGGAAAUGAGCAAUACAAAUUGAAAAAAUAUAAUAAAAA